AUGGUCGCACCAAGAAGGUCAUCUUCGAGAGGCUCUAAAGCAUCCAGACGAUCGGAAGCAAAUGAUGGUAUUCAGUCCGAAGACUGGCCUGAAGAUACCAGCGAGCCAUAUAACGGGCACGCCGACCGUCAACAUUUCACCGGGGAUGGCCUUGACACCGGUGUUCGCGUUCUCGGUGAUGGUCGCCUCGAUAUCAGAAUCAAUCAGCACAGACCGAGCAUCGCAGGACUUCUACAUCAGAUUCAGCGCACACCCAUUCCGUCCGAGCUCGAGGAACUUGAAGAUCAGGAAAGCUCCGAUGCAACUUCUCCAGAGGCCGGCAACGACUUUCCGCUACAUCUGAACAUCGUCAUUCAAGUUAUCGGGUCCCGUGGUGAUAUCCAGCCGUUCAUCGCAAUUGGAGCCGAACUACAGAAAUAUGGACAUCGAGUACGACUAGCAACACAUCUGGCCUUCCGGGACCCUGUUAUCGAUGGCGGGUUGGAGUUCUUUAAUAUCGGUGGAGAUCCGGCGGAGAUGAUGGCGUUCAUGGUGAAGAAUCCUGGUCUUCUCCCCGGACUGAGUUCAAUUCGCAGCGGUGCUAUUCAAAAACGCCGCCGAGAUAUGAAGGAAAUUAUCAACGGUUGCUGGAGAUCCUGUUUCGAAAUGGGAGAUGGAACCGAUCUCCACCAGAUCAAGGAGGAUCUGUGGGGUGAGGCAGUGGACUAUCGACGGCGGCCCUUCGUCGCAGACGCGAUCAUUGCUAACCCUCCGAGCCUUGCUCAUAUACACUGCGCUCAAAGACUCGGCAUACCGCUUCAUAUGAUGUUCACGAUGCCAUGGAGUCCCACGCAGUCUGUCCCUCACCCUCUCGCAAUUAUCAGCCACAAUGACUGCAAGCCUACUGUUGUUUCCUUCGUCUCCUACGCCAUAAUGGAUAUGAUGAUUUGGGAAGGCCUUGGCGACCUUGUGAAUAAAUUUCGAAAAAAUGUCUUAUCCCUGGAUGCCUUGGACAGCAUCACCGCCCCGAGCUUACUCCCCCGUUUGGAAAUCCCAUUUUCUUAUUUAUGGUCCCCUGCUUUACUCUCCAAACCAAAAGACUGGGGAAAACAUAUCGAUAUUUGCGGCUUCAGCUUUCUCCCCUCUAAAUCUGACUAUACGCCACCUAAUGCGAUUAAUGAGUUCCUCAAGGCUGGACCAACUCCCAUUUAUGUUGGAUUUGGUUCCAUAGUCGUUGAAGAUCAAAUAAAAUUGACGCGCACGGUAUUCGAAGCGAUCGAAGCUUCCGGGCAGCGCGCUAUUGUUUCCAAGGGCUGGGGAAACCUCGGAUCCGAUGUGGUAGAAGUCCCUGAUAAUAUUCUCCUCAUUGACAGCAUUCCCCAUGAUUGGCUAUUCCGCCAUGUUUCAUGCGUUGUUCAUCAUGGUGGCGCCGGGACAACGGCUGCAGGGUUAGCACUUGGCCGGCCAACGAUCAUCAUCCCGUUUUUCGGGGACCAACAAUUCUGGGGUAAAAUAGUCGCACAUUCUGGGGCCGGACCAGCACCUAUCCCUCACAAACAGCUAACUGCAACCAAUUUACGGAACGCAAUAGCUGAGGCUCUAGAACCAUCAACGCAAGAAAAAGCUCUGGAGAUCUCGGAAAAAAUGAAAGGGGAAUCAGGCGUUAGAGAUAGCGUCCGAAGCUUUCACCGACAUCUUGAUCUGAAACAGCUUCGAUGCUCUAUAUGUCCUAAUCGUCCAGCUGUCUGGCAUCUGAAGCAUACAACCGUCGGUCUGAGUGCCUUCGCUGCGGCAGUUCUUGUAGAAAUGGGCAAUUUGAAGCCCGAUAACCUUGUCCUAAAUCGAUCGGUCGAAUAUGACACUUAUCGAGACCCCGCUGGUCCUAUCAGUGCAAGUGCGCAAGUUUUAUUUGGCGCCAUUUCCAACUUCGUGACUGGGCUUGCCGACGUUCCGACGGGAGUAGUUAUGGACCUAGUCUCAGCUGGUCGGGCUUUGGGUCAUCCAAACGAACGCCAUGAUCCGCAUUCCAAGUGGCAUUCGGGUAGAAAAAAUCGACAGGAUCAUUUCUUUAGAGACGAAGAAAAUAGAGGGUCACGCAGUGCAAGCCAACAGCGAACAGACCAACAUCGAGCAGACCAAAGCCAGGCCGCGGAUGAAUCGAUGGAGGAUUUACAUGAUGCGGGGACAGAAAGCUCCUCGAAUGACGAACCAAUGACAAAUUUUUCAGACGCAGACCUUUCCCGAACCCGCACCCUUCAACUCGAAAAGUCAAUGACAAUGAGCGGCGGAACCGAGGCUGCCAAGCGGCAUACACUCAUAUCUGAGGCAGUAAGCCAGGGAAGCAGGAUGUCGAAAAAGCUCAUCAACCUCCUGAUUUGGCUUCCAACAGAUCUGUCACUUAGCCUCUCCAAGGGGUUCCAUAAUGCGCCAAAGCUUUACCAUGAUCGCAUGGUAAAAGCGACACCUAAGGUUAUUGGAGUUCGGAGCGGCUUCCGAGCAGCCGGACGGGAAUUGUACGACGGGUUCUACGAUGGAGUCACUGGCCUAGUAACCCAGCCUCGGUACGGCUACCAGGAGAAUGGGGCGAAAGGAAUGGCCAAGGGUAUUGGAAAGGGAAUAGGAGGGGACUUUGGGGCCUCGCAGGCUAUCCCUUGA